GCGGGCUUUCGACUCGUUCAAGGUUAGCUGAGUUGCUCAAGGUCACUGGGACAAGAGUAUGGUAUGAGAAUUUGAACUUCAGUGGAUUGCGUUUAUCAUACAAUGUCCUCACCAGUUGACCCAGAAGAAUAUUCGUUUGUCGCGUAUGGCGAUCCUUUUAGUGAUGAUGAAGAUGAGCAAAGCAGAUUUCGUGGCCUUGCUUUGGGUAAACGUAAAGCUAUUCCAUCCGCCUAUGAAAACCGCGUACUGAAUGAAAGGGGUCGACCUAUGAGGUUUCACGGGGCAUUCACUGGAGGAUUUUCUGCUGGAUAUUUCAAUUCAGUUGGGUCUAAAGAGGGUAAAUCCAGAAGUUACUUGCUUUCGUAUACUGUUAAGUGACUUUUUUCUAUACGAUUUUCGGAAAUCAUAGUUUGAGUUGUAUGACAACACUUACUUACUUACUCCUCUUACCUUUCGUGGAGGAGCAUAGGCCACCCACCAGCAUUCGCCAUUCAACUCUCUCCUGGGCAAUACUUUCCACUUGUUUCCAGUUGCCCUUCAACCUUUUCAUGUCUGCUUCCAAUUCUCAAUGCAGUGUGUUCUUCGACCUUCCUCUUUUCUGUUUCCCUUCAGGAUCCCAAGUUAGCGCUCGCUUCGUGAUGCCGUUUGAUGUUUUCCUCAAUAUGUAUGCUAUCCACUUCUAGAGUCCUUUCCUAAUUUCCUCCCAAGCUGGAAGCUGGUUUGUUCUCUUCUAUAGUAGGCUGUUGCUGAUGGUAUCCGGCCAACAGACAUUGAGUACCUUACUCAGACAAUUGUUUGUAAACACUUGUACCUUUUUGAUGAUGGUUGUUGUGGUUCUCGAAGUUUCAGCUGAGUACAGUAGAACUGUCUUGAUGUUCGUAUUGAAGAUUCUGACUUUGAUAUUGGUUGAAAGUUGUUUUGAGUUCCAUAUGGUCUUCAAUUGUAGGAAUGCUUUCGUUGCUUUGCCAAUCCUUACCUUUACGUCUGCAUCUGAACCUCCUUGUUCAUCGAUGUUGCUUCUUAGGUACAUUAAGGAUUCCACCUGUUCCAGAGUUUCUUCAUCAAAUGUGAUUGCGUUGGUGUUUUCUGUGUUGUAUUUGAGGAUCUUUCUCUUUCCCUUGUGUAUGUUGAGGCUUUCUGCUGCUGCUACACUGUUUGUCUUGACCUGCAUUUGUUGAUGUGUAUGGGAUAGAGGGGCCAGGUAAUCUGUUAAGUCCAAAUCGUCUGGUUGCAUUCAACCUACCCAUUUUAUUCCGUGCUCCCAAUCUGAUAUGGAGGUUUUCACAAUAUAAUCGACCACCAGGAGGAACAAAAAGGGCGGGAGUGGGCAGCCUUGUCUGACACCGGUUCUCAUUUGGAAUGCAUCUGUCAACUGUCCUCCAUGAACGACUUUAUAGUGUAGUUUGUCGUAUGAAUUUCGUAUGAUGUUGACAAUCUUUUCAGCUACUCACUUCAUAGUGUCGAAGAAGUUUCUAUAAUUUUCUCCCAUUGGCACUGUCAAUCGCUUUCUCAUAAUCAAGGAAGUUGGUGUAUGGGGUUGCCGACCCCAUGCUCAACCUCAACCCUCCUCCUUUGUGAGGGCUUGGGACCGGCAUUAGUCGUAGAAAAACUACAGGUGGAGUUGUAUGGCAACACUGUCUUGAUUAUUUUGUAAUCUCGCCUACUAUUUUUGGGCGAUUGUUACAUAUGACGUUUAAUUGAUAUGAACAUUGUAUUCCUGGCAGGUUUGAUCACCAAGUGAAUAACUUGACCCUGAACAGUGGUUAUUAUUAUUUCAUAGUGAUCAUUGAUCUCUGAAGGAUUUUCAGCGCUACUUGUAUAUUUAAAGAAAGAAAAAUGAAUUGAUUGUUUAGUAUGAAUUCAUGUUAUGCGUCUAACCCACAGCUGUCGUUUAAUGUAUUUUUCAGAAAAAUGAAUACUUUAAAGGCUAAUUGAAAUAAAAAGAUUGCAAUAUGCUCUUUAAUUUUUAUGUUGUAUAUAUCUGUUUUCAGAUUUAUUAUAUUCACAAUCAUAUAAUCCUGUUAAUUCACCGAUUUUACUGGUUUUUGAUGAUUAUUUUUUCAGGUUUUAAACCUAAAAGCUUCCACUCCUCUCGUAAAAAUAGACAGAGGGAUUUAGAUGAAAAGUUUGCCCAACAUCCAGAGGAUUUUAUGGAUGAUGAAGAUUUCGGAGAAUUCGGUAUUGCUCCAAGGCGUAUUCGACCGACUCAUGAAUUUGAUGACACUCAUGUACGUGAUACAUUGCAACUAGCAUUAGGUGAUCAGUCUGUGAUUCCACAGGCUGGUUCACUUUUGAAAGGAUUAAUUGUAGCUACCAGAGGUACACUAGCUGAGAGGUUAUUACGACGUCUUGGGUGGAAAAAUGCUCAUUCAACUCCCCUGAAUGAUGAUACUGUAGAAAAUACGGAUCAGAGAAAAUUUCCAGACGAUACGGAAUCUAUCACAGGCACUGAUGAGUGUUUUGGUGGAGAGAAAGAUUCAAGUCCUACAAUGUUCGCUCAAAUUAAUUUUGUGGCUAAAACUAAUACAUUUGGUUUGGGGUAUUCACCAUUGGAUCCAGAAGUCGCUAUGGGUCGGCGUAAGCUUAACUCAAAUGAUGCUGAGGAUAUUUGGUCAAACAGACAUCCAGAAGAGUCUGUCAGUGCACUGUUACACAGGCAACAGAAAAUUCGUAACGAAAAUGAAUUUGAUCUUAAAAGUGGAUUAAAGCGUCAUGGCAUAACCGGCCAUGCUUUCGGUGUAGGUGCUUUAGAGGAAGAAGAUGCUGAUGUGUACGAACAAGAUCGUUUAGCAGAAUAUGAUUGGGAAAUAGGGGAUGGUGAAUCAAACGAUGACGAAGAUGAAGAUGAAGAACAGGCUGAAAUUGAGGCUGCUAGACUUGGACGUUUGUCAUCUACUACGAAGAAGAAAUCACAAGUUAAUUCUAGUUCUACUGAACGUACUAAAAUUAUUGAUGGGUGGACUGCUCCUUCACAACAUCGUUCAUCUCAAAAAUUGAACAAAUCAUCCUCAGAUACUUUGCCUGGAUUUUGCAGUGAAUCAACAAAACAAAAUGAAUUCAAAACUCAUCCAGUUCAGGUGACUUUACCUCCAGGCUACAUUCCGGUCUUUAAUCCACGGUGUAUAUUAACUUGUGAUAAUAAACAAAGUAUCAAAUCAAAUUCAUUCAAUCACCCUCAUGUCAAACAUGAUGCUAUUUCACGAGCCCGUUUACUCCAAGAAGAUUCAGUUUAUGAAAAGUUAGAUCCUAUCCAACAACUUCGUCUGAAGGCUGCAGCAGCGGGCCUUCCUGUUCCAGCCCUAGUGUCAAAGACUUCUCCAGAUGAACAACAAUUAAAUCAAUCUGAAAAUUCAAAUAAACUGGCUGGUUUUACUACUUCUAAUCCAACCGCUGGUUUGUUGAAGAUUUUUAAAACGGAUAGUAAUAAACAAGCACGGUUUGAGGCUUACCAAGUACUUGUUCGUCGAGGAUUUGCCCAUGAAGAUGCUUAUCAUCGUUGCUCUACCCUAUUGGAUUUAAGCAAUGAAGAGAAGGAACGUGAAGCUAACUCGUUUCAAACGCUUAUUAAAAUGAAUCAAAUGUCAAGUACUAAUAAUUCUUCUCAAAUUGAUCCAGUGAAUAUGAAUAAUGAUGCAAUGAUUUGUCAAACUUCAACAUCAACCUCCAGUGCAUCAACUAUAUCUUCUGAUCCUUCUGAUAGACUACUGCCAUUAUCAAAUAAAUUACCACUUCAUAAACAACAGUUGAUCUCAUCGAAAUUAGCUUUAAGAUUUCGUUCUGCUGGUUGUAUGGAUAUCAGUAAAGAAUUAACUGAAGAAGAGGAGAAAGCUCAACGAGCACGAGUUGAAAGCUUAGAUACAGUUGAACCACGUGAUCAUGCUGUUGCAACAGAAUCUUAUGGAGCUUUAACUAGACGGCGUUUAAAAUGGCAUCCUGAUAAAAUUUUAUGUAAACGUAUAAAUGUUCCUGAUCCGUAUCCUGAUUCCACUUUUGUCGGCUGUCCAGAUGAUAGACGUCCUCGUAAUCCUUUUCGUCAAAAGUUUGGUAAACAUGGAAAAAGUAGAUUCUCUGAUAGUUCCACGGCAAAUGAGUUUUCUAUUUUCGAUCUAUUGGAUGUUAACACUACUGGCUCAAUUCAAAAGUUGAACUCUUCGAAUAUUACUUCCUGUGAACCACAAUUAAGUGACGAGUCUAAUUCUUCUGACAGUGACAGCAACGAUCCUUCUGGUACUAUGUCAGAACUUCCUGCCAGUAAUACACCCUAUAGGCCUAACCUGAGUGGUACAACUUUUCAGUCUCGUGGAAAAGCUUUAUUCGCAACUUUGUUUCAAUCUAUUGAGCAGAGUAAAACAACCGAAACUACAGACAAUGUUGUGGAAAAUGAUAAUAAUAAUAAUAGUUUGUUAGAAAACAUUCAACCAUCAGAUAAAAUUUCUCAUGAUACUACCAAUGAGAUUGUGAAUGAAUCGAAUGCACGGGUUAUGGGUCCUGCUCUUCCGAAAAUAGGCAUAGAUGUUCUUACUGAUCAUACAGAUAAGCCUCCAAUGGAUUUGUUCAAAUCAAUAUUUGCAUCUGAUGAAGAAUUGAGUUCAUCUUCGUUAUCAGAUAACGACGUUGAUGAUAAUAAUAUUAACAAUAAAGACCCUGAAAAAGAUGAUUUAACCGUAUCGAGAGUUAUCAAAUCGAAUUCCGUUGAACUGUCUAAUGAUCAGCCUGAUUUAUUCAAAGCACACACAUUAUUUUCACACCUAUUUGAACCGAAUGGAGAUAUGCGUGGUCCAUUAUCCGGCUUAACACGGAUGACUACACGACCUGAAGUAUCGUCCAAAGUUCAUACCUCCUCACAGAAUAAUCUCAAUCCGGAUUUAUUGUAUGGACCGGAUUUACCGCCGAAUUUUACUCCUACAUCUGAUAAAGCUAAUCUAAUUUCGUUGACAAAAGAUCAAGAAAAAGCAUCAUGUUCUACCUUGUCAGAUGAUAUUUUAUUUGUGGAAUCUCAUCUUGUCAAUCGUGAUUCCGGUAAACAUAAAAAAACAAAGAACAGCAAAAGAAAACAUAAAACAAAACAUAAAAAACAACACAAGAGCAAGAAAGUUUCUCGUAAAGCACCAAUUUCUUCUUCGGAUUCAAACUCUUCUGAUACUUCUGAUUAGAUUUCGACGAUUGUCAAAUUUGUACAUAAACCAUUUUUUUAAAAGUUAUUUUCUAACCUACUACUUACUGCUAUUACUACUACUAAUACUACUCUUACCAUGUUGUUUUUGUAGUCUUCAUAUUCUUCUUCUGACUAGAAAGUUUUGAUUAUAUUUCUUUACAAAUAAGUUGGCGUAUAUCCAUCUUAAAAUAAAUAUUUUGAUUUUUUCAACUCUUUCCUCCAAUAUACCGGAAAAUAUUUGCAUUUUGCGUUGCACAGAUUAUAUUUAUGAAUUCUAUUUUGUGAAUGAAAUGAUAUAUGACUUUGUACUAAUUGAAAAAAAAUAUAUCAUCUAAAGGAUGUAUUUCGGUUUGUAUAAUUUCAUUGUUUUGUUUUUUCUCUUUCUCUACCGCAUUCUAUAGACGAAUAACGAGUUAAACUUCAUUGGCAUUGUUUCUGUCUAUAAAUUACAAACUAAGUGAUAUAAAAGUCAACUAAAAAGAUCAUAAAUACUGGAUAGUUUCAGUAAAAGAAUUAGUUAGAAACUAAACGAAUCUUUAUCUAAAAUACAAAAGAUACAAUGUGCAAAUAUUGUAUGUUGUAUGUAAGCAGAAUAUAAUAAAGUCAAAUGUCAUAGAAAUAUAUAUUUUGUAAAGUUAUCGUUCUUUUCCAUCUUGAUGCUUUUUUUAUAAUUAAGACUUGUUGGUUGUUUUUAUUUAUAAAUAAAACAAAUUUUCAAGUAGAAAGUUCUUGCAUACUUUUUGAAAUGCUAAGAUUAGUUAUCGUUUUAUAUUUUCAAAUUGAUCGAGGCCCAAUUUUAGAGAGAAGUAAGUACUUCACUGAAUGAAUUUUCAAUCAAGAACUUUAAAAUAAAUGGUCAUAUUUAUACA